AUGCCGGAGGUGGACGGUGGUAGAUGUCAUUAUACGGUAGUGGAUGUCGGUAAACGAUGGUGGAUGCUGGUGGAUCCCCUCAAAAUUAAAGCCAUCGAGAAGUGGGAAGCACCGAAAACACCAACAAAAAUCAAGAGUUUUCUUGGGCUGGGAGGUUAUUAUCGAAAGUUCAUACAGGAUUUUUCUCGUGUUGCUACUCCGUUAACCGGAUUGACGAAAAAGAAUGUGAGGUUUGAAUGGAAGGAAGAACAAGCUAAGGUUUUUCAGAUGUUAAAAGAGAAAUUGUGUAGCGUGCCAAUUGUAUCCUUACAUGAUGGUACGGAAGAUUUCGUGGUCUACAGUGAUGCCUCGAAAAUGGGUUUGGGUUGCGUGAUGAUGCAACGUGGAAAAGUUAUUCCUUGA